AUGUAAUAGUAGUAAAUUGCGUAACAAUAACAAUAAAUCAUGUAUUAAUAAAAUGUAAAUAGCAGUAGGAUUUCAGCGUAGACUACUUAAUCAUAGCUGAAUUAAGGAGUUAUGGCCAAUUAAUAAACCUAAAUUAAGCAAACUUAAGCCUUACCUAUACCUACAGCAAUGCCUUUUUAAAAAAAUAAUUCAUAAGCUUAAUUGUUAGGAACUCAAUCUAAUCGUCAAAGCAUUCAAAAUUAAAAAUUAAGUAGUAAUAAUAUUAAUAAUAAUUAAAAUGUACCUGCCCAUGGUUCAAGUCGUAUUAAUUACACUUAAAAUCAAAAUAAUUAAUAUCAGGUUAAUGGAUCUCAGUUGUCAUAACCUGUCACUCCUUUGCAAAUAAACUAGCAAAAUAUGAUAUCUUCAGAUAUAAGCUUAGAAUAUAAAAAACUAAAUGAAAAAUAUAUCUUGCUUCAAGCAAGUUUCGAAAAAGAGAGAAAGCAUGUAGAAAAUUUAGAGUAGAAGAUGAAAAUACUCAUUUAAGAAAAUGAUAAAUUGUUAGACAUGAAGAGCAAUAGCUCUAAAUCAAUUGAUUUAAGUUCUAACAAUUUAGAAUAAACUCAAAAUAAGUAAGAAAGAAUACUACUUGAAGAAAUUUAACGUCUUGAUAGAUUUAUUAAUGAAUAAACAAAUGAAAUUGAGCAUCUUAAAUAUGAAAACUAAAAUUUAAAAAACUAAUACUCAGAAUAAGAAGAAAUCAUUGCCAAUAUUGAUGAAAAGUCUUCUGAGCUAGUUGAAUAAAAUAACAAACUCUAGCAACUUCUUGCUAUGAAAGAAUAAGAAGCAGAUGCUUAUAAAAAUAUUAAUUCGUCUUUAUAGACAUAAGCUGGUACACAGUCACAAUUAGGAUUUGAUUUAGAAAAUCUUUAAAAGAUGAAUGCUAUUCUAAAUGAAGAAAUAAAAAAUUAUAAAGAAGAAAGAAGGCUAUUAAAUGAAAAACUCUAAUAGCAAAAAGAUGAAUAAUCCAAAACAAAGAUAGAAUUACAAAAGAAAAAAGAAGAGCUUCUAAAAGCUACUGAUGAAAUAUAGAAAUACAGAGAUGAUGCCUUCAGAAACAAAGAAGAUGCAUAAAGAAAUAAAGAUGAGUUAAGAAGAAACACUGAUUAUAUUAGCAAAUAAGAUGAGGAAACAAAGAAAUAUAUUAAAGAAAUAUCAUUACUCAGAGAAACAUAAGCUCAAAUAAUAGAACAAUACCAUAAUUUGGAAAAAUAAUAUAGUGAAUUAAAGCACUAAUUACUCAACUCACAAGAAGAAAAUAAAUAAAUUUAAAUAAUGAAAAAUACCAUUUCCGAUUUAGAGAAAGCUAAAACAGACUUGCUAAAUGAAAAAUCUGAAUUUAUAAAAGAAAAAGGUUAAAAUAUGUUUUAUCUUAAAGAAAAAGAAGAAAAUUACUAAAAAAUCAUUGCUGAAAAACAAUAAGAAAUAAAUAACACCUUAGCCCAGUCAAAUAUGCUAGUGGAAAAAUACAACAUUUUGCAAGAUAAGUUUGUUAAAUUGCAAUAAAGUUUUGAACAAACAAAGAUUUUUGAAUAAAAGUAUGAAGAUGCAUCCUCUAAAAACUAAAAUCUUGCUUAAAUAGUUAUGAAAAAGGAUGAGCAGAUAGCUAACUUUAUAGCAGAAAUCGAAAAGCUUAAGAGGGAUCUAGUGAGUUCUUAAAGCAAAGGUGAAUAGUUGCAAAAUCUAGUGAAAAAAUAAGAUGAACAUAUUAAGAAACUUGAAGAUACCAUUAAAAAGUAAGACGAAACUAUUAAAAAGCAUGAAGAAAAUGCUAGAAAAACUGAAGAAAUAGUUACAGUAAAGUUUGGUGAAAAGAAGACCUAGAUAAAAUCUCUUGAAGAUAAAAUAACAGAAUAGUAAAAUAUCAUUGCAUAGCUUAGAUUAUUUGAAUAGGAGACUAUCAAUUUACGUUAAACGAUUGAAAAGGCGGAAGAGAAAUUAAAAAAACUUUUUUCAGAAAAUGAGAAAUUAACAGGAGAAAUAAAGUAAGCAACUUAAAAAAUAUAAAAGUAAGAAGGAGAAAAGAAGCAACUUACAGAAAAAAAUACAACUCUCACUACUGAGCAAACAUAAACCAAAGAAUUGUUAGCUAAACGUGAAAGAAAUCUAGAAAAGGCUAUAGAGGAACUUAAAAAAAUGGAUGGUGAAAAUAACGAAUUGAAAAAAUAAAAUAAUGAGUAUUUGUAAAAAAUAAAGGAAUAUUAAUAGACAAAUGAGUAACUUGCUAAGACUUUAGAAAGUUUAGAAAAGAAAUACGAAUAAAUGAGGAAUCAGUAUUAGACAAUCCACAAAGAACAUAUUGAUUAUAAAAAUAAUAAUGAUGAAAGUCGCAUUAAAGAAUAGAAAGAAUUUAAUAAAAAGCUUGAAAUUCUUUAAAAGUAAAUUAUGGAAUUGGAGAAAUCAAAGAAGGAUGCUGCAAAUUAAUUUAAUUAAUAGAUAAAAGAAAAUAUUGAAUUACUCUAAGAUUAAUAAUAAUCAAUUAAGCUUUAUUAAUAGAAAGUAGAAGAACUUGAAAAAUUAGUUGCAGAAUAAUCAGCCUAAUUUAAGUAAGAAACAGAUAAUUUGAUUAAAAAUAAUAGUUAGCAGACUGCUUUACUUAACAAAGAAAUAUAAUUAAAGAUAUAAGAAAACUAAUAAAUCCUUGUAGAAAACCAAUCACUUAACGUACUUUUGCAUGAAAACGAAGAAAAGUUCGAAGAGUUGGAAUAGGAAAUAUAGUCUCUGUAAUCACAAAUUUUAAGCUUACAACAGAUAAGUGAGAGCCAAAAAUAAGAAAUUUCUAACCUUUCAAAUAUUAUCCGUUAGCGUAGAGAAUAAACAGAAUAAUAGUAAAAUGUUAAUAGCACUUUGACAAGAGAAAAUCAAGGACUACUUGACCAACUUAAAUAAUUAGAAGCAUAGCUCUUCAAAGUCGAUGAGCAUGUAAACAAAAUGGAACAAUAAAAUAAUGUAAUUUAGAAUGGUGAAGAAACUGAAGAUUUGGUAGAAUGA